GCAUCGUAUCAGUCACGAUCAAACACAACACAUCCCCUCAUCAGCAAAUACCUUUAUUCACUUCCAGAGCGCCUGUCUUCUGCGCGAUAAGCACCGCCAACCCACUGUUAGAUUUCUCGGAGUGCUCGGAGGAGGGGACAGCCUUGCCCAGUAUGCUUGUGUUGGACAGUCUCUCUAUCGUUAACAAUCGCUUACGCUGACCAGAUGGCUGGUGUUGAGAUCGACCUCUAUGAGGUCCUAGAGGUGUCUCGAAGCGCAACUAAAGACGAGAUCCGGAAGGCUUAUCGCAAGGCCGCGCUCGCGAGUCACCCCGAUAAAGUCCCCGAGGCCGAACGAGAAGCCGCAGAGGUACGAUUCAAAGCCGUCCAAGAAGCCUACGAUAUCCUUUACGAUGAAGACAAAAGACACCUUUAUGAUACCCAUGGCAUGUCUGCCUUCAAUGGCUCCGGCGAGCCCGGCAUGGCAGGCGGGCCGGAUCUAGACGACAUACUGGCGCAGAUGUUCGGAAUGGGUGGUGGGAUGCCCGGCAUGGGCGGCAUGCCUGGCGGACGGCCUCCCAAGCCUCGACGGAGCCCGGACGAGAACACAAAGUACGAAGUGCGACUAGAGGACCUCUACAAGGGCAAGACGGUCAAGUUUGCUAGCACAAAGAAUGUCAUUUGCAGUCUGUGUCAAGGUAAAGGUGGUAAGGACAGGGCGACCGCUAAGAAGUGCUCGACGUGUGAUGGACAAGGUUUCAAGCAAAUCUUGACGCGGAUGGGACAGUUCCUUACGCCAUCAACGGUGACGUGUUCGACCUGCAAUGGACAGGGAGAAUUCUUCAGUCCCAAGGACAAAUGCAAGAAGUGCAAAGGCAACAAGACAGUGGAGGAGAAGAAAAUGCUGGAGAUCUACAUCCCCCGAGGAGCAAGAGAAGGAGAUAGAAUCGUCCUGGAAGGCGAGGCGGACCAGGCGCCGGGCCAAGAACCUGGCGACAUAGUGUUCCACAUUGUGGAAGAGGAACACCCAACCUUCCGACGAGCCGGCGCAGACCUCACAGCCACCAUCGACGUCACAUUGGCCGAAGCGCUGACCGGCUUCUCGCGCGUGGUUAUCAAACAUCUCGACGGCCGCGGCAUCGAAAUCACUCAUCCCAAGACCCCGGUUCUGAAGGUACCCGGAGAAGGCAUGCCGCUUAAACGCAGCGACGCCCGGGGCGACCUGUACCUCGUCGUCAACAUCAAGUUCCCUGACGCCAAAUGGAAGCCCAGUGCAGCCGUCCUGGAAAGACUCCGAGAGAUGCUGCCCAAGCCGGAUCCAUUGAUCCAGGCCGACACAGUGGACGAAGUGGACUACGACCCUAAAGGAAACCUAGAUGAGUUUGGAGCCCGCGAUGGGCACGGUGGCUCCUCGUGGGAAGACGAGGACGAGGACGGAGAGCCAGCGCAGUGUGCGCCUCAGUAGAUUCUUUCUCGUAUCGCUUCUCUGCUCUGUGCUUUUCUGGUAGAUAUGCUCGAUCCAAGCUGAGGCGAGCCCUUCCUCUGGCAUCGCAGGCGUUCCGGAAUUGAUUUAUUGGCCUGUUUUCGUGGGAAUGCUACGAUUGACCUUGUCGUUCCUGUCUAUUCCAAGAAAUUUUGCUUCAUCUUACUAGAAUAAACCCAAUCAGAGCCAAGUUAUAGACCUGCAAGGGAGUUGCAAAGACCUCAAAGAGCAGGUUAGCAAAAAUGGCAAUGACCAGUUGUUGAAUCGUGUGCGCCG